UAUCUGUCCUUCUCGGCUCUUGGAUUAAUUUUGAGGGGAUUUUGCAACUUUCUUCUUCUUUUUUACCCCACUACUUUUUUCCUGGGAAGGGAAGUUCCACCGCAUCUGGAAGACAUCGGACACUUUUGAUUGUGCGGGAAGGUGUUUUCAUCCUUGGGUCGGAUCUGGGCGCGUACUUUGCCCCUUGGAGACCUUCCGUGGGGGUCCGGUGUGGAGUGUGACUGCAUCAUGACACUAGAAGAGCUGGUGGCGAGCGAUAACGCGGCUCAGAAGAUGCAGGCGGUGACCGCCGCGGUGGAGCAGCUGCUGGUGGCCGCGCAGCGUCAGGAUCGCCUCACCGUGGGGGUGUACGAGGCGGCCAAACUGAUGAAUGUGGACCCUGACAGCGUGGUUUUGUGCCUCCUGGCCAUAGACGAGGAGGAGGAGGAUGACAUUGCUCUGCAGAUCCACUUCACCCUGAUCCAGUCGUUUUGCUGUGACAAUGACAUUGACAUCGUCCGGGUAUCGGGCAUGCAGAGGCUGGCACAGCUCCUGGGAGAGCCCGUAGAAAAACUGGGCACCACUGAGGCCCGAGACCUGCACUGCCUUCUAGUCACGAACUGUCACACAGAUGCCUGGAAAAGCCAAGGCUUGGUGGAGGUGGCCAGUUACUGUGAAGAGAGCAGAGGCAAUAACCAAUGGGUCCCCUAUAUCUCUCUGGAGGAACGCUGAGGCCCAGUCCAAACAUCUAAAGCAACUGUUGAGUUGCUGUCCCCUAAAAAAAAAUUAAAUAAAAUACAUAUUUGAUCUCCCCCUCAUCCCUCAAAACAAUCCCUCCAAAGCCAUCCUACCCGUGAGACCUUCCGGGAGGGGCGGAGUCACCGAGACUGAGAUGAGGCGAGGGGAGUGUGCGCCCGCCCGCCCUCUGGGCUGUGGAGCCAGGAGCAGCAUCACAGGUCGUCGCCGAGACAGGAAGGAGGGGACCCCAGGCAGAAGGAGAUGGGGACCUUGGAGCGCAGGCUUGGCAAUCCUGCAGCCAGCGUCUGCACGCUGCCACAGACGUCUGGACG